ACUGACAGGAAAAAUGGAAAGUUUCAAUCUUGGAUGGUUACUUUUGGUAGCAAUUUUGGCGACUUCAAGCCUGCCAUUUUCACAAGCCUUUGGGAGAGUAAAGACUGGUGUUUUUCUAUCCCCUAAGGUCGAGCUCGAACCGGGAUUGGUGUCGAAUAAACUCUAUUUCGACGUCGAUUUUCCGAGAGGUCAUAUUGCCUUGAAAAGUUUCAAUGCCGAACUUGUUGACGAUGCUGGGAAUCCAGUUCCACUCUACGAUACUUAUCUGCAUCACUGGAUUGUUGCGAGGUUCUUUGUACGUCAAGGUUUGGGAACUCGCGACAUUUCGAGACUCAAUAGUUCGGAUUAUAUCUCGGGAAGAAACAGCGGGAUAUGUAACGAUGGAACACUCGAUCAGUUCUUCGGUCUUGGUUCUGAGACACGAAAAACUGCGACUCAUAUUCCUGAUCCUUACGGAAUAGAAAUCGGUAAUCCUGCUGAGAUUCCUUCUGGUUUUGACGAGACGUGGGCGAUUAACAUUCAUGCGAUCGAUACGAGGGGAGCGGAAGAUACGAUGGGAUGCACUGAAUGCCGGUGCGAUCUUUACAAUGUCACGAGGGAUGAAACCGGACAACCUUUGAGUCCAAACUACAAAGGGGGCUUGUUAUGUUGCUAUGAUGGCACACGCUGUAGGAGGAAAGAAGGGUUUAAUGGCAUCAAAAGAACACUUUACCUUCGAUACACCGUCGAGUGGGUUGACAUGGAUAGCUCGAUCACGCCUGUUAAAGUUUACAUAUUCGACGUUGCGGAUAUGUGGAAGAGGUCCAGAAAUUCCACCGGGAUUAAUUCAGAGCACGAUUGCAGGGUUGAAUACAGCAUUGAAUCGUGCCGAGCAACGGGAUCGACGAGAAACGUAUGCAUUGACAACAAAAGGAUUAGUCUCGACAUGCCAUUCAGUGGCUAUGUGAUAUAUGGUGUUGCACACCAACAUGCUGCAGGUUCUGGUUCUUCUCUCUAUAGGAAGGUAUGGAAAUGGUGGCCGAGUUUUGUGCUCUUCAAUACCGAAAUACGGUAAAGGGAACGAAGCCGGAAAUGAAUCUGGGUACGUUGUAGGAAUGUCCACCUGCUAUCCUAGACCAGGGAGUGUGAAGAUAUCAAAAGGGGAGACUCUAAUUCUAGAGUCCAAGUAUAGUAAUAUCAAACAACAUACUGGACUUAUGGGGCUAUUCUACCUUUUGGUUGCCGAGAAAUUGCCCUAGUCUGCUGGAGAAGAUG